GUCGAAUGCGUGCUACUAUGGCGGCUAUUUAUAUAAACGUCUGUGUGCAAAGUGGUACCAGAGUGGUGACACAGGUUGGAGCGUUCUUCACUGUGGCUUACUGAGAGAUGAGGUUACUGUCCUCCUUAUUUGUUGGUUCUUGGCUUAUUGCUUUGGCGCCUGAAAAUUUUUCGAACAAGAAUUUAGCGUAUGGAUUCUGGUCAGAUGGAAAUAUGCCCUGCAAGAACCUUGGGGAAUUCUGUCGCAAAUUGCCAAUGGGACAGCGUUGUUGCGGAACAACAAGUUGUGACUUGUACGGCUUUUUUAAAGGUACAUGCGUACGAUGUAUCCCAAGCGGAAGAUUUUGCCUCCGAUCUGGUGAAUGUUGCAGCGGAUCCUGUCGCUUUUUCCGCUGUUGUUCAGAAUGCAAAAGUAAAAUAUAACAGUCUUUGGUGAGGAAUUACUUGAGAUCACACUACGUUCAGCGUUGGUUUAGACAGUUUCUCGUUAAAGUGCCGUGCUGGUCGGAAUUUUUUCGUUGCUCCUGACUUUUCAAGUUUUCGGAUUCCAAUUUUUUUGCAUGUCGACCUGGCUACACUCAUUCCAUCGGGCUCGAUCAGGCCUUCCCAUUGCACAAACGUACUAGAGGGUGCUAUUAACGGAUCAACGUCUAACGUUCGCUUCCAAUUUUAGCUGAGUUUCAGGGCAGUCGUUCGCCUACAAGUGCAUCACUUUCUACCUUCAUCAAGAUCCUUGGAGUUAUCGGAAAGCCUAUUGCGAUGUUUACUCCAAGAGACCUAAACCAACCCUGUCGAUAGCUGCAUAAGGCGUCUAGAAGCAGUUACAUCUUCGUACACUGCCUUCCUUGACCAAGAGUUCACACGCGGCAUUGCGAAUCGCGCUCUGGCGAACGCACGCAAAUCUCUGUCGGGCACGAUUUCUACGUGUGCGCUUAUUGGAACUCGCGGCGUAACGUGACGCAUCAGGCCACGGAGUUGACCUCAGAGCGGUCGAUUACUGAAGGACAAUCUAUUCUUGGUGGAAUCUGGACAAUUGAGCGCACUUGCAUCCGUUUGGUUUGUCUCGCUCGUUGCAUCUGAAACAGUGGCAUUUUUGUACCCGUGUAAUUCCCGUGCAUUUUAGAUAGGUGUAAGCUCUAAAAUCCUAGUCUGUAU